UCAGUAAUUAUAUUUUUCGAUUGAAAAAACUAGUGAGAUGACAAAUUUGCCGCCACUGUUUCAACUGUAAUGUGGAAAGCAGUUAGAUCCAAUAUGGAUACGAGAUUCCUGUUGUGAGGCGGAGGCAUGUCUCUUGGCUCUUUGGAAAUGACAAAUUCAGUUGUCUGCAUUUCUACUCACUUGCAUCUUUGCCAUCCAAAAAAAAAAUUCAUGUGAUGUUCCCUAUAAUACCCCCUCUCUCUCCUUCAUUUCUCCAUUUUUCAAAUCCAUUUUAUACCUCUGCAGUCACUAACCCCCCCAUUUCAAGUCCAUCCACUCUAUUAUGGAGCUGUUCCAUUCCAUCCUCAGUUUCUAUUUCAACUGAAACAAACGCUUUAUAUCUCGGCCAGAAAUGUCAGUAUCCAUUGAAAACAGCGUCUUGGAUCGUGUUAUAGGGAUUACGAAGGUGGCCCAAGAAAAGGGCAUUGAUCCUCUUCUCUGGGCUCUGCAGAUAAUAUCAAAUUUAAGCUCCAAUGGAGUCGUUUUACCUUCUCUGGAACUUGCAGAGGUGUUGGUGUCUUACAUUUGUUGGGAUAAUAAUGUUCCCAUUCUCUGGAAGUUUCUAGAGAAGGCCUUGGUGUUGAAGAUUUUGCCUCCUUUAAUGGUUAUUGCUCUCCUUUCUGAGAGGGUUAUAGCACGUCGGCAUUCCCAACCGGUGGCAUAUAGGCUUUUCAUGGAACUUCUUAAGAGACAUGGAUUUUCACUGAAAAGUCAAACUAAUGCUUCAGAUUAUAUGAAGGUCAUGAAAUCAAUAGAUGCUGUUCUCCAUUUAUCCGAGCAUUUUGGUCUGCAAGCUAGCGAUCCCGGGAUUCUCAUGGUUGAGUUUAACUUUUCAAUUGUGUGGCAGUUGCUAGAUGCAUCAUUGGAUGAUGAAGGAUUGCUGGAACUUAUCCCAGAGAAGAAGUCCCGAUGGGCAACAAAACUUGAAGAAAUGGAAAUAGAUGGUCAUGAAAAUUAUGAUGAGAAGAGUGUUGAACAUCUUGAGAGAUUACAAAAUCUAAAUACAGAAAUGGCUAUCGAGAUAAUUGGUCUAUUUCUAAAAAAUAAAUUGACUUCGAGAAUCCUGUACUUGGCACGACAGAACUUGCCCUCACAUUGGGUAAGGUUCAUCCAAAGACUACAACUUCUUGGAGCAAAUUCGUUGGUGCUAAGAAAUUCAAAGACUUUAACUGCUGAGGAUCUUCUGCAAUUGACUUCAGAAACUCAUUUAGUAUUGAUUAAAGAAUCAAAAGCAAGUUCACUACAAAAGUUUCAUGAAGUUAUGGCAUUAGGAUCUUUAGUGUCUUCUGUGGGUCUUUGUCAUGGAGCUAGUCCUUCUGCUCUUUGGCUUCCUCUUGAUCUUGUAUUGGAAGAUGCCAUGGAUGGGUAUCAGGUUAAUGCAACAAGUGCCAUUGAAAUCAUAACUGGUUUAACUAAAACUCUUCAAGCAAUAAACAGAACCACAUGGCAUGACACCUUUCUAGGCCUUUGGAUUGCAGCUCUCCGUCUUGUUCAAAGGGAAAGGGAUCCCAUUGAGGGCCCUAUUCCUCGCCUGGACACUCGCUUAUGCAUACUACUAUCCAUCAUACCUCUUGUGGUUGCUGAUCUUAUUGAGGAAGAGGAAAAUGUGCCCAUCAAUGAAUCAGAAUGGGGCUCCACAAAUCACUGGAAGGAAAAAAAUGUUAAGAAGCGCCACAAUGCUCUGGUCUCCAGCUUACAGUUACUGGGUGACUACCAAAGCUUGCUGAUUCCGCCUCAAUCUGUUGUUUCAGCAGCCAAUCAAGCUGCUGCAAAAGCCAUGUUGUUCAUUUCAGGAAUCAAUGUUGGGAGUACGUACUUUGAGUGUAUCAACAUGAACAUGCCUAUCAAUUGUGCUGGAAACAUGCGCCAUCUGAUCACUGAAGCUUGUAUUGCCAGAAACGUAUUGGACACAUCAGCAUAUUUCUGGCCAGGUUAUAUGACUGGAUGCAUCAACCAAAUACCUCAUGGUGUGACAGCUGAGUUGCCUGGUUGGGCGUCAUUCAUGAAGGGGGCGCAACUUACCCCAGUAAUGAUCAGUGCCCUGGUUUCAAUUCCUGCUUCUAGUUUAGCAGAGCUUGAGAAAGUAUAUGAGCUUGCUGUCAGAGGGCCAGAUGAUGAGAAGAUGUCUGCUGCAACAAUUCUUUGUGGGGCUUCUCUUCUUCGUGGUUGGAACAUACAGGAACAUACUGUUCAUUUCAUUACUAGAUUAUUGUCUCCUCCAGUUCCUGUGGAUUAUUCUGGGGUUGGCAGCCAUUUGAUAAGCUACGCUCCAAUCCUCAAUGUACUUAUCGUUGGACUAGCUUCUGUUGAUUGUGUUCAGAUAUUCUCACUACAUGGCCUGAUCCCACAACUUGCAUGCUCAUUGAUGCCAAUAUGUGAGGUUUUCGGCUCAUGUGUGCCAGAUGUGUCUUGGAAUCUGCCCACAGGGGAAGAUAUCUCUGCCCAUGCUGUGUUUUCAAAUGCAUUUGCACUUCUUUUGAAGCUAUGGAGGUUUAAUCGUCCUCCUCUUGAACAUGGAGUGGGAGAUGUACCCACAGUUGGAUCCCAGCUAACUCCAGAAUACCUCCUGUCAGUACGAAACUCCCACUUAGUCUCUUCUGGAAAUGCCCACAAGGAUAGACACAAAAGGAGACUCUCUGCAGUUGCAACUUCAGCAUCUCUGCAACCAAUAUUUAUGGACUCAUUUCCGAAAUUGAAAAUCUGGUAUCGGCAGCAUCAAAAAUGUCUAGCUUCUACCCUCUCUGGUCUUGUUUCUGGAACUCCUGUUCAUCAGAUUGUCAAUGUGCUUCUUAACAUGAUGUUCAGAAAGAUAAAUAGAGGGAGCCAAGUUUUAACUAUUACUUCUGGAAGUAGCUGUUCAUCUGGAUCUGUAAAUGAUGAUUCUUCUCUAAGGCCUAAAUUGCCUGCCUGGGACAUUUUGGAGGCUGUCCCUUUUGUGGUUGAUGCAGCAUUGACAGCCUGUGCUCAUGGAAGGCUUUCCCCACGAGAAUUGGCUACAGGGCUUAAAGAUUUAGCUGACUUUCUUCCUGCGUCUUUAGCAACCAUUGUGAGCUACUUCUCAGCUGAAGUAAGCCGGGGCAUUUGGAGGCCAGUAUAUAUGAAUGGUACAGAUUGGCCAAGUCCUGCAGCAAAUUUGUCCAACGUCGAGGAAAAGAUAAAGAAAAUAUUGGCUGCUACUGGUGUUGAUGUCCCAAGCCUUGCUGCAGCAGGGAGCUCUCCGGCUACGCUUCCUUUGCCUCUGGCUGCUUUUGCUAGCCUCACCAUUACCUAUAAACUUGACAAAACUUCAGAAAGAUUUCUCAAUUUGGCUGGUCCAGCAUUGGAGUCACUUGCAGCAGGUUGCCCUUGGCCUUGCAUGCCAAUUGUGGCUUCGCUAUGGACCCAAAAGGCAAAACGCUGGUUUGACUUCCUUGUGUUUUCUGCUUCUCGUACUGUCUUCCUCCACAAUAGUGAUGCAGUGUUUCAGCUUCUUAAAAGCUGCUUCACUGCCACACUCAGUCUUGGUCCCACAGCAAUCUCAAGCAAUGGUGGUGUUGGAGCACUUCUCGGCCAUGGAUUUGGUUCUCAUUUUCAUGGAGGAAUUUCUCCUGUCGCCCCUGGAAUCCUUUAUCUGCGUGUUCACCGAUCCAUUAGAGAAAUUGUGUUCAUUACAGAAGAAAUUAUCUCUCUAAUAAUGCAUUCAGUGAGAGAAAUAGCUUGUAGUGGACUUCCUAGAGAAAAAUUAGAGAACUUAAAGAGAACAAAGAAUGGACUGAGAUCUGGGCAGGUUUCCCUCGCUGCAGCAAUGACUCGGGUGAAACUCGCUGCUUCACUUGGAGCUUCUUUAGUAUGGUUAUCUGGUGGCAUAGGUUUGGUUCAUUCAUUGUUCAAAGAAACUUUGCCUUCUUGGUUUAUUGCUGUUCACAAGUCUGAGCAGGAAGAAGGACCUGAAGGGAUGGUCCCCAUGCUUCAGGGAUAUGCGCUUGCUUAUUUUGCUGUACUUUGUGGAGCUUUUGCUUGGGGGAUUGACUCAUCAACAUCAGCAUCAAAGCGACGUCCAAAAGUCCUUGCUGCACACAUGAAACUUCUCGCAAGUGCACUUGACGGAAGGAUAUCACUUGGUUGCGAUUGGGCAACUUGGAGGUCAUACAUAUCGGCGUUUGUGAGCCUCAUGGUAGGUUGCACACCUUCUUGGGUGUUGGAGGUGGAUGCAGAUGUUUUGAAGAGACUAAGCAAAGGGUUGAGGCAGUGGAACGAGGAGGAGCUUGCCCUGGCUUUGCUGGGAAUUGGACUUGUUGGGACAAUGGGUGCAGCUGCCCAACUGAUAAUUGAGGAACAAUGAUUUCCUAUUCUUUUCCCAAUUCAAUUCCUAACUUGUCUAGGUUAGCAGUUUUACUCUAUAGUUGCACAUUAGCUUGCUGGAACUUUGUGCAUUAACAAACUUCUGUAGUUGUAGCCUGUAAUGUAAGAUUUUCGCCUCUUCGUAAAGGGAUAGGUUGUGGAAGAUGGCUUGUUAUGCAACAAAAGGUACAUAGGAACCUUCAGGUGCAUAAAAUUGAUGUAAUUUCGUCUUUCAAACGUUCACACUCAUUAUUUU